AUCGUCAUGGAUCGGAUUUUCUCUGGUAUUCAGCCAACUGGGACACCUCAUCUGGGUAACUACCUUGGAGCCAUUCAGAACUGGGUGAAUCUGCAGGAAGAGUGCAGCUCAGUGCUAUAUAGCAUUAUGGACAUGCACUCGCUCACCAUGCCCAAGGAGCCAUCUGUCCUGCGCCAGAACAUACUGGACACCACUGCUGCCGUCCUUGCCUGUGGUAUUGACCCAAAGAAGUGUUUCCUGUUCCGACAGUCACUGGUUCCUGAGCAUGCAGAACUUGCCUGGAUUCUUGGGUGCUUAACUAAUGUGCCACGCUUGCUACGCUUGCCCCAGUGGAAGAUGAAGCGUGCCAGCCAGAAUAAUGAAGGAACUGUUGGCUUGUUGACUUAUCCUGUGCUUCAAGCAGCAGAUAUCUUGCUGUACAAGUCGACACAUGUUCCUGUUGGAGAAGAUCAAGUCCUGCACCUGGAACUAGCCCAAGAUAUAGCACAACAUUUCAACAAGAAAUAUGGAGAAUUCUUUCCUGUGCCCAAAGCCAUUUUAAGCACAACAAAGAAAAUAAAAUCCCUCAGAGAUCCAACAGUGAAGAUGUCCAAGUCAGACCCCCAGAAGUUAGCUACUGUUAACAUAGCGGACAGCCCUGAUGAAAUAGUGCUGAAAUUCCGCAAAGCUGUGACUGACUUUACCUCUGAGGUGACCUAUGACCCAGACGGUCGCCCUGGUGUCUCCAAUCUGGUGUCCAUUCAUGCUGCAGUAACGGGGCUUAGCAUCAAAGAAGUGCUGCACCAAUCUGCUGGUCUCGACACUGCUCACUACAAAAUGGUGGUAGCAGAGUCAGUUAUUCAAAAAUUUGCACCUAUCAGGAAUGAAAUCAAGAAACUCCAGGAAGAUACAUCCCAUCUGAUAAAGGUUUUAGAGGAUGGAGCAGAGAAAGCCAAAGAACUGGCUGCCCCCAUCUAUCAAGAAAUAAGACGACUGGUGGGAUUUCAGUAGAAAUUGCUGAGUUGCAAGGACACUUGUGUUUCCUGGGACAAACAUUUUGUUAUUUGUAUCUUCUUAAUCAUUUUGGUUUGAAACAAAAACUUUUUUCCUGGAAAAUCCAAGUAGAACGUUGAAGGUGUUUGCAAUAAAAAAUGUGUGUGAAGCCAGAUAUUUCCAGUGGGACCAGCACUGAGCUUAUCUGGAUAGUCAUAGAGGGAGAGCAGAAGCAAUCACAAUUCACCAAGAAAUCCUGCAAAAACAGAAUAUAAGGUUGCCCAAAUAAGGUUUUGGGUUUUUCCAUUGACCACUGCAAGAAGCUGAGACAUAGGCACGGUGAUCAGAAUCUAGCAGAAAGAUUUGUAAUCUUCUCAAGAACAUCCUUAGCUGUGCAUGUGAUCUUGUUACAGAUGGACAACUCAUCCCAUUGGUGGUUAUUCAGCUUUGAUAUGGUGGUUGAAUGUGUUCUUGGAUAACCAGAAUAAAAGCACAGGCUUACAAGUCAAAAUGCUCAGAGUGAUGAAGAGAGGACUUACUGCCUCUCCCUAUCGUGUCUUCAUACUCAGUGUAAUUUUGCAUCUGCAUCUAGUUUGUGUGAAGUGAGUCAGUGUGUCUUAUGGAUAUCCAUACUCUAAAACUCACUGUGACUACUAUGCCUUUUUGAUAGUCACUCCAAAGAAUCCACAGAGUGGACUUGAAUUUCACUUCUGCCACCUGUGCCAUCCUGCUGGUCAAGUCUAAGGUACUUCAGUGAGAAAUGACACGUGCUUCAGCUGCUCCUCUUUACCUGCAGGGAGCUGCAGAAUUUUCAGUUCAACAUCAAGUCUAGGAUUUCUGUAGGAAAGGUGCAAGAGAAGAGAUGUAAUCAUGCGUGAAAGAAAUCUUAGGUUGAGAAAUCAGAGAACUUUCUGUAAAACUUACAAAAUCACUUGUUUAGAAAAUUGUGCCGAGGUCAGAGACAAAAUGGGAUUAAAUAGAGCUUUAUGAAAUCUCAGUACUGAGCCUCAAGAGAACUCCGUGAUGAGAGAAUGAUGUUAGCCUCUGCUGAUCUUAGGCCUCACAAGACCCACAGACUGGGACCCAUGGACCAUGGCAUUUGCUGGGAAGUAGGUGGCAAAGCAGAAUUGCCAAAAGGAGACACCCUCUUCUGAAGCAGGGGUAGUAGUACGUGUUAAAAGGUAAUGAAAACCCUACAGGUCCUAUGCCAGCAUAUUUAGGUAUAUCAUUGCUCUUACUGGUGCUGUGUUUGAAAUUGCAAUGUAAAUUGUAAUGUAAAUUGAGUUCAUCCUGUACUCCAGAAGCUCAUAACCAUUAUAGGCCUGUGGCAUUUGCCAUGAUGGAUUGCAGUCUUAACAUGACUGAGUCAGUAGAACUGGGGCAGGGGUUCUAUGUAGUGCAGUUGUCUGUCUGUUUGUUGUUUUUUUUUAAAAAAAAAAAAAAAAGCUAUUUAGUUUAAAUUUAGUUAAUUAUCAUAGUGAGGUGAUUCAGAAAGAAUUAUUUAAUUUUG